CCCUCUAGUGCAUCGUUCUACAGUCUUAGGUGUCUGCAAGGCUGUGCAGGACUUCCAAGUUUUCGAGCGCCUACUCUGCAUCGUUCAAGCUGCCGUUGUAGCUUUCAAUCGUGUACACGAGUAGCGAAACAUGUCGCAGAAUCUGAGUAUCCUCGGGGAUCGGCAGACUGGCCAGGAUGUCCGCUCUCAGAAUGUCAUGGCAUGCCAGGCUAUCGCCAACAUUGUCAAAACCUCGUUAGGGCCUGUUGGUCUUGAUAAGAUGCUCGUGGAUGACAUCGGUGACGUUACGAUAACAAAUGAUGGAGCCACUAUUUUAAAGAUGCUUGAGGUGGAGCAUCCUGCUGCCAAGGUGUUAGUAGAGCUAGCUGAGCUGCAGGAUCGGGAAGUUGGAGAUGGAACAACUUCGGUUGUUAUUAUUGCCGCGGAGCUUCUUAAGAGAGCAAAUGACUUGGUUAGAAACAAGAUACAUCCAACUUCAAUUAUUAGUGGUUAUCGACUUGCCAUGCGUGAGGCGUGCAAGUAUAUUGAUGAGAAGCUUGCCAUUAAGGUCGAAAAGUUAGGGAAGGACACUUUGAUCAACGUUGCAAAGACCAGCAUGUCCUCCAAAAUCAUUGGGCCUGAAUCUGAUUUUUUUGCAAAGAUGGUGGUUGAUGCUGUUCAAGCUGUUAAGGCUACAUCUGAAAAGGGCGACGUUAGAUAUCCCAUUAAAUCUAUCAAUAUUCUGAAGGCUCAUGGACAGAGUGCCAAAGAGAGCUAUCUACUUAAUGGAUAUGCUUUGCCGUUAGGGAGAGCUGCUCAGGGCAUGCCUAAACGAGUGGGACCUGCUCGCAUAGCAUGCUUGGACGUCAACUUGCAGAAGACAAAAAUGCAAAUGGGAGUACAGGUCCUUGUGACAGAUCCUAGGGAACUGGAGAAAAUUCGUCAACGGGAAGCAGACAUUACCAAAGAGCGAAUUGAGAAAAUCCUGAAAGCAGGGGCAAAUGUCAUCCUUACUACAAAGGGUAUUGAUGAUAUGGCUUUGAAGUACUUUGUAGAGGCCAAUGCUAUUGCUUUGCGGCGAGUAAGCAAGGAAGAUAUGCGUCACAUCGCUAAGGCCACUGGUGCCACUCAGGUUCUAACUUUUGCGGAUAUGGAGGGAGGGGAGACAUUUGAUGCUUCUCUAUUAGGAACAGCAGAGGAAGUUGUGGAGGAGCGAGUAUCUGAUGACGAUGUUAUUCUUAUUAAGGGUGCAAUGAGUUCAAGAGCAGUAUCAAUUGUUUUGAGAGGAGCUAAUGACUACAUGUUGGAUGAGAUGGAACGCUCUAUUCAUGAUGCAUUGAGCAUUGUAAAACGUACUCUGGAAUCAAAUACUGUGGUUGCAGGAGGAGGGGCAGUGGAGGCAGCCUUGUCGGUGUACUUAGAAAAUCUAGCAACCACGUUAGGGUCACGAGAGCAGCUUGCUAUAGUUGAAUUUGCCGAGGCUCUACUUGUCAUUCCCAAAGUUCUUUCUGUGAACGCUGCGAAGGAUUCAACAGAAUUGGUUGCUAAACUGCGUGCGUACCAUCACAGUGCUCAAACGAAGGCAGAUAAACAACAUCUUUCUGGAACCGGGUUGGACUUGAUCAAGGGAGUAGUGAGAAACAAUAUAGAAGCAGGUGUGGUUGAGCCAGCCAUGAGCAAAGUUAAAAUAAUUCAGUUCGCAACCGAAGCUGCAAUCACGAUCCUAAGAAUCGAUGACAUGAUCAAAUUGUACAAGGAGGACGAUGGUGAACAGUAACUAUUCUAUUGUAGUUUAGAUCAGAUACGUAAUCUGAGAGUGAGAUUUAAUAGUUGCAAGUUAUAUCACAACCCCAAGGCCUUGGGGUCUUUCAGCAUAGCUGCUGCGUUGCCAUGAAUUUUAUGUACGAGACAUGAUUCCAAAUCAUGGACGGCGUUCAAGACAGCAACGUGAGAGGUGAGGAUCAGUGUCAGUGGAUGACAAUGUGGGGUAUCAGAGUCACACGGUUUUGGAUUCAUACCUCCAUUUCACUAUGAAAAACAUUAGAGGUAUUCAUUUUAGUUAACUCCUUUUUCUGAGGCAUGUGUUUUUAUCACUGAGAGCGUGUUCUUCAAAUCUAUUUUCUCUAUGUUUUUAUCAUGCAGCCUCUGUGGAUGCUGUUUUGGAAUCGACCUUAUGUUUACCAUUCUUGCGAA